AUGUCGGAGGGGACCCGCACUCUGCUGCAGCGCUGGGGCGCCAGCUUCAGGAGGGGCGCCGACUUCGACUCCUGGGGCCAGCUGGUGGAGGCGAUCGACGAGUAUCAGAUAUUAGCAAGACAUCUACAAAAAGAGGCCCAAGCUCAACACAAUAAUUCUGAAUUCACAGAAGAACAAAAGAAAACCAUAGGCAAAAUUGCAACAUGCUUGGAAUUACGAAGCGCAGCUUUACAGUCCACACAGUCCCAAGAAGAAUUUAAACUGGAGGAUCUGAAGAAGCUAGAACCAAUCCUAAAGAAUAUUCUUACCUAUAAUAAAGAAUUCCCAUUUGACGUUCAGCCUGUCCCUUUAAGAAGAAUUUUAGCACCCGGUGAAGAAGAGAAUUUGGAAUUUGAAGAUGAAGAAGAAGAGGGUGGUGCUGGAGUGGGGUCUCCUGAUUCCUUUCCUGCUAGAGUUCCCGGUACUUUAUUACCAAGGUUGCCGUCAGAACCAGGAAUGACGUUACUAACGAUCAGGAUUGAGAAGAUCGGGCUGAAAGAUGCCGGCCAGUGCAUUGAUCCCUACAUCACAGUCAGUGUGAAGGAUCUGAACGGCAUAGAUUUAACUCCUGUGCAAGAUACCCCGGUGGCUUCACGGAAAGAAGAUACAUACGUUCACUUUAACGUGGACAUUGAGCUCCAGAAGCACGUUGAAAAAUUAACCAAAGGUGCAGCUAUCUUCUUUGAAUUCAAACACUACAAGCCUAAGAAAAGGUUUACCAGUACCAAGUGUUUCGCUUUCAUGGAGAUGGAUGAGAUUAAACCCGGGCCCAUUGUAAUAGAACUAUACAAGAAACCCACUGAUUUUAAAAGAAAGAAAUUGCAAUUAUUGACCAAGAAACCACUUUAUCUCCAUCUACAUCAAACUUUGCACAAGGAGCGACCCUGA